GUUCUGUUAGAAUUCUAGGGUUUUUUCCUUAGGACUAUACCGCCAAGAAUUAGGGUUUAUUAUGCGAGUUUCCUUUUUUUCUCGUGGAUUUUCCUAGACCAAAAGUGCGACACGAGCGCAAUAUCUCUCUCAACAUCGUGUAGCUUGAGCUUCUCUAUUUCCUCGAAAUUGUUUUAGGUUUGCUUUAAUUUGGAGAUUUUCGUCUCUUUUGAUUCCUUCUGUGAACAUAGUAAUUUUUUUUUUUUUGAAUGGAUUUGUAUUUCGAAUUUAUUUAAGUAGCUAUUUUCUCUUGAUUUGAUCGUCUUCUAUGAAAAAGUUAUGAUUUUUGGUGCAAAUAUUGGAAGGAAGAGUUCUGUUACUCCCUAAGAUCCUUCUUAUUUCUGAAAUCAUGAAUAUUGUUGGUUAGCUUGAGUUGUUGCAAGUGUGUAUGGAAUCAAGUUUUGAGCUUUUUGUUGCAAACUGUUAUUAUGGCCAUUUGUUGUAUUAAGAUAUAUUCACUUCUUUUUACUGAAAUUUUUAACAAAGGCAGCUUGUUUCUCUGAUUUUAGCUUCGGUUCUGUGGUUGUAAUACAUUGUGACUUGUGUUGGUUCAAGAAUUCUUCAUCUGAAAAGACACUUGAAGAUGGCUGCGGAGAAUUUGUCGAACAAAAGAGAGAGAAAGAAGAGCAAGACAGUAAAGCACAGUAAAAGGCACAAUUUCAAGGAUGGCUCUUCAGAAGACCCACUGGGGGUACCGAGUGAAAUUGCUCCUGCUCAAAUAACUGCAAAGAGGAUCCUUGAUUCAUCCAAGUCAAUGCAAACUCUUCUGAGAAAGAAAGUUGAUCCGUUGACUGCACAGUAUUUCUCUCAAAUUAGAGAUAGCUUGGAAGAUAACUCUAUUGACUUAGAGAGCAGGCCUAUCUUCUGUUCUAAAGCAUUGAGGGCAACAAGAGGGAUAGAAGUGGAACUCUCAACUGACAUGAUUAUGAGCCAUACAAUUGAAACUCUUCUUGAUGGUUGUGAAUUGGAUCCACUUUGUGAGUUUCUUCGAAGCUGUGCUGAAGUGUUUCCAUCAAUCACACUUGAUAAAUGUGGAUCCCGUGUGGCAGAAAAAGCUUUAAAAUCUUUAUCUCUUCAUCUACAAGAUGAAGAAUCUCAUUCUAUUGUUGGAGAUACACUAACUAAGAUAUGUCAGGUGGUUGCCAGAGAUGCUAUCAAUUUAAUGUCUAGUAUCUAUGGUUCUCAUGUCCUCCGAAGUCUUCUCUGUCUUUGUAAGGGAGUACCAUUAGAGUCAUUGGAGCAAUUCCAUGUUUCAAAAUCAUCCAUCAUCUUGGCUAAAAGGUUAAAUAAUCAUCCUGCUAGACAAAUUGGAAAAAAUCAUGAGAGCUCUCAACUUGGUUUUGAGAAUGUAUUUAAAUCUCUCAUUAUGGAAAUUCUAAACCAUGCCAAAGAUGAGAUGAAAAAUCUGGUGUGUGACAAGUGCAGCAGUUUUGUUUUGCAGACUGCAUUGAAGUUAUUGGUUGGUGAUGAUCAAUUGAUGUCGGAUGCUAUUCUAACCAUUCUUCAAUGCCAUGGGAUGAAUAUGACAAAAGAUAAAUCAUUUGAGGUGGUAAUGAAGAAGAAUGUUUUAAGCCUACUGCAAGAUCCUUCUGCUACCCGCUUGUUGGAGGUUAUUGUUGAGGUGGCUCCAGAUUCUUUAUAUGACAAAUUAGUCAAUGAAGUGUUCAAGGGGUCAAUGUAUACAAUAUCAUUGCAACACUGUGGAAAUUUUGUUGUGCAAGCAUUAAUUUCUUCUUCUAGAACCUGUGAUCAGGUGGGUGUGAUGUGGGAUGAGAUUGGUCCAAACAUAAGGGAACUGCUUGAUUCCCAGAAAGCAGGAGUUGUUGCUUCCCUUUUAGCUGCAUGUCAACGUCUUCAAACCCAUGCACAAGAGUGUUGUGAGGCCCUUGCUUCAGCUGUGAGUUCAAAGUCUGAAUCUCUGAGCUGCAUCAUUCCUCAUCUGCUGUUUCUCGAGAGCUAUCUCCAUGGGAGGUCCUGCUGGGAAUGGCCUGAGGAUGAAAAGAUGCACACAUUGGGCUGCUUGAUGCUACAAACAAUUUUUAGAUUUCCGAAAGAUUUUAUUCGUCCAUUCGUUAAUAACUUGAAAUCUAUGGAUGUCAAUUGUAUCUUGCAAAUUGCUCAAGAUGCUGGAGGAUCUCGUGUUCUUGAGGCUUUUAUUAGCUCAGAUGUUUCUGCAAAAGAAAAGCAAGAAGUAAUUUCAAAAUUGCAAGGCUAUUUUGGAGAGCUGUCAAUGCAUCCUAGUAGUUCCUUCACUGUUGAGAAGUGCUUCCAUGCUAGUAAUAUGACUUUAAAAGAAGCUAUUGCAACGGAGUUGCGAACUAUCCAAGCUGAGCUUUCCAAGAGAAAACAUGGCCCUCAUUUGUUGAGGAAUCUGGAGAUUGAUGAGUUUGCUAAGAGGCCUAAUCAGUGGAAAGCUCAGCAGGCAACAAAAGAACGUGUUCGACAAGACUUCCAGGCUAUAUUUGGAUCCAAGACAAAGCACCAAAAGGGUGAUGCAUCUGCACAUCAAUUCUCCGAAAGUCCUAGAAAGAAACGAAAAAGGCAUCAAGAAAUCAAUGAAGCAACCUUUGAUGACGAUGCCAAGUCUAAUGCUACACCAUCAAAGCAGGGUUUUGCUGGCAAUAAGCACGUUGCAAAAAGUGGAUAUUCUGCAUCUGGAUCUGCCGAUACAAACUUCAUCAAAAACCCUGCAGCUACAUCCUUUGUGGCGAACUCAAAAAAGAGGAAAUCCACCACUAAUGAGUUGGCUGAUCUAGCUUCCAAAAAAUCACUAAGUCAAAGUGAUGUUCAGAAGCUGUUUGAAACAUCCACCCAAAACAAGGGGAAGCAUCUUGAAAGCAAAAAAGUGCCAUUUUUAAGUAGGAAACAGAAGAAAUGAUCAUACCAUCGCUGGGUAAAACUGAAGUUGAUUUUAUUGGUUUGGGAGUGCUCAAGUCUUGAUGGCUAUCUAUCUGGAUCAUGCCUCGAUGUGCUUCUUGACGGAGACUUGCUUACUAAUAAUACUUACUUGUCUGGGAAGGCAGAUGCGCUCAAUUGCUGCUUCUCUUGCUAUCACAUAAACAUAUUUCAGUAGUAUCAAGUGUCACAGGUUUAACAGCAAUUAACCAUCCUACUACUCUUCCUCUUUUGCAAUUGAAGCUGAAAGCUUUGUCUAUCAUAUCAUUGUGUUGGCAACUGCUGCUUGAGGUAGACUUCUUCAGUUAUCUUGUAAUGAAGCCAAUGAGUUGUUCAUCACAUAAUACUUUUACUGCCUCGGCUAAUAUUGGUAAAACAAAUCUAAUUCUUUUGAUUAGAAAGAACAAAAAAUAAUUUACAUUUACCAACAUACUUGAGUGUAGAGUUGUUUUUUUCGGUUUCGCCGGUAUCAUGACAUGCUAUGCGCCGGACCCUGUGCGUGCCGGGCGCUAAUGUAGCUUAUGCUUCCUGAAAAUAUAGCUGGCAUUUCUUUCCAAAUUAAACUUCAAGCAUUCACAGUAAUAUCAUAGUUAAAAUCAUUCAUACUAAGUAGUUAGUUUUUAUAUUUUAGUGGCAUUGUAAAAAUAUUUCAAACUUAAUCUAGUGAUUUCACAUGAGUUAUAAAUGGCAUCCUGUGUCUGUUUGUUUGCUUUAGUUUAUUGGAAAACAAGAUUCUUUGCUAAGCUUGAGCAGGCUUGUCAUCAAUAACAAAUUUCUUUACUUUCUUUUAACAGUCUUCUGAACCAUAGAGCAUGACUGACACAAGAUAUAGUGUAACUUAGUCAGCUUUAAUAAAAAUUGCAGCAAUUAGUUGUUUAUUAGAACACCAUGAAACAGUAUAAAUAAUAUUAAGUCAUCAGGAAGUGCAACAUAUUGAAUUUUGUUUUGUUUUGUUUUUUUUUUAAAUGUGGUAACCGGUCCUUUCUUGGUACUCUAAGAAGUAACACUGACUGCCAUAAAUAACAUGAAACCAUUAAUUAAUAUAACAGUGCCUGCCAUAAAUAACAUGAAAUCAUUAAUUAAUAUUUAUUUAUUUUUUAAUUAUUGACAGGUCACAGGUGUCUA